GCAAUGGAGUUCAGGUAUAAUAGCCGUUUUUCUUUAGCUUUUUCUCCUCUCUUUCUUCACCUUCUUCCUUCCUUCGCCUUCCCACUCCAAAAAAAAGAUAUAGCUGCAUUGAUUCUCUCCAUUGCCAUUACCACCUUUCCUUCUCUCUCUCCUCCCUUAUAUACGUUUCUUUCUCUCUUCUUUUUAGAGAGAGAAAGAGAGAGAGAUUGACAGUUCAGAGAGCAAAAGCAGCCAUCAUCACCCCAGAGAGGGAGAGGGAGAGAGAGAGUGAUCUGAAAUGGGUUCUUCAGGGCAGAGCAGCAGCAACUACGAUCUGUCGUUCAAGAUCUUGCUGAUAGGAGACUCCGCCGUCGGCAAAAGUAGUCUGCUUGUUAGCUUCAUCUCCAACUCUGUUGACGAUCUUGCCCCCACCAUUGGUGUGGAUUUUAAAAUCAAGCUGCUCACUGUAGCUGGGAAGAAAAUCAAGAUGACUAUUUGGGACACAGCUGGACAGGAGAGGUUCAGAACAUUAACAAGCUCUUACUACAGAAAUGCCCAAGGAAUCAUCCUUGUGUAUGAUGUGACUCGGAGAGACACCUUUACGAACUUAUCGGAUGUGUGGGCUAAAGAAGUGGAACUGUACUCGACUAACCAGGACUGUGUCAAGAUGCUUGUUGGGAAUAAAGUUGAUAGAGAAUCAGAAAGGGCUGUAAGUAGAGAAGAGGGGAUUUCUCUUGCAAAAGAUCUUGGAUGUUUGUUUCUUGAAUGUAGCGCUAAAACUCGAGAGAAUGUGGAGCACUGCUUCAAAGAGCUAGCGUUGAAGAUAAUGGAGGUUCCUAGUCUCUUGGAAGAAGGUUCAACCAUGGCAAAGAGAAAUAUAUUGAAGCAGAAACAGGAAAAUCAAGCACCUCCUAUCGGUACUUGUUGCUCGUAAAAUGCCACCUUGUGCACCUCGUAUGAAGCUCGACUCACAUCAAGAACAGAUCUUGUAUAUGUAAUUUCGAUGUUUUUUUCUGUCUUACUGCAUAAUUGUUUGUUUCAAUCGUAUAAUGCACAAAUUGGCACUCAUAUAACUUGUGUAUUAGCUUGUGUAAAUGUAAUUUCCUUGUUUUUCAGCCAUGUUAUGGAAAAAGAAUUGCUUGUA